AUUUUCGUGUGUUAUUUCAAUAGUAUGGCAUUAUAUGCACAUAAGGAAAUUUAUAUUUUCUUUGUGAAAUUUUCAUUGCAAUAUUCUUGAUGUCAAUGCAUAAUUUGUUGGAUAUAUUGAUAAUAUGAGGGGAACGUGUAUUAUUGUCAGAUCCACCUGUUAGUUGCUAAAAAAAUGGAUCUUUGAUUGAGUUUUUAUUUUAAUUUUUGAAAUCGAGUUUUUUCUCUCUCUUAAUUGUUGGGAUAAAAUAAUGUACAAUUAUGUAUGUGGAUUAUAACACUUGUUACAUUGUUUUAUCGAAGUUUUGAUUUUUCUUGUUCUCUUUCUAGAUUAAAAGGGCCUUGAUGGUUUUGCUUAAAUAUGGAAAAGUAUAAACCAAAGAAUAUUUUAAUCACGGGGGGUGCUGGUUUCAUAGCGUCACACGUCUCGAACUGGCUAACACGGAACUACUCCCAGUACAUAAUCGUUGUCUUGGACAAGCUGGACUACUGUUCCAACUUGAAGAACCUAGAUUCUUCUAGAAGUUUCCCCAACUUCAAAUUCGUUAAAGGUGAUAUUUGCAGUGCCGACCUAGUCAAUUACAUACUCGUCACAGAGUCGAUAGAUACAGUCAUGCACUUUGCAGCACAAACCCACGUCGACAACUCAUUUGGAAACAGCUUCGAGUUCAUCAAGAACAAUGUGUACGGCACAUGCGUCCUUCUGGAAGCUUGCAAAGCUUCUAAUAGAAUCAAGAGGUUCGUCCACGUCAGCACGGAUGAGGUGUACGGAGAGACAGAUGAGAACGCUGCUGUAGGAAAUCACGAGGCCUCACAGCUUCUACCCACGAACCCUUACUCGGCAUCCAAAGCCGGGGCUGAAAUGCUUGUCAUGGCAUACGGAAGAUCGUACGGUCUACCAGUUAUAAUCACGAGGGGCAAUAAUGUGUAUGGGCCACAUCAAUUUCCAGAGAAAUUAAUUCCUAAAUUUAUUCUAUUAGCAAUGAGAGGGCAACCACUCCCUAUUCAUGGGGACGGGUUGAAUGUGAGGAGUUAUCUUUAUUGUGAUGAUGUGGCGGGGGCUUUUGAUACUAUACUGCAUAGGGGUGAAGUUGGUCAUGUUUAUAAUGUUGGGACAGAGGAGGAGAAACGAGUUGUUGAUGUGGCGGUGGAUGUGUGUAGGCUUUUUGCGUUGGAUGCGUCUGUUGUGAUUAAAUUUGUGGAUAAUAGACCUUUUAAUGACCAGAGGUACUUUUUAGAUAGUGGAAAGCUGAAUAGAUUGGGGUGGUCGGAGAAAACUAAGUGGGGUGAUGGUUUGAGGAAGACGAUGGAGUGGUAUGUGAGGAAUCCAGAGUGGUGGGGAGAUAUAUCUGGGGCUUUACUGCCUCAUCCAAGAAUGCUUUCUUUGCCUUGGGUUGGAAAAGAUCAUGUCAAACUUGCAGUUGAUGAUAAGGACCAUGUUGGUUUUGGAGAAAAGGGAUCUAUAAGUAUAGGCAAAAGUCGACUUUGAUGUUUCCUUUUUUUUUUUUUUUUUCUUUUUGUCUUUCUAUUUUUGUAUAACUAGAUUGUUUUUGCCAUUAUUUAAUUUCCAUGAAUAAGAUAUAAACAAGAUGGAGUUGAGAAUAUAAUACUUCUUUUUAUCAGCCAAAACGUUCGUAAAUUUGAGACAAUCGUAUUGAGGUUGCCUUGGAUGGGGUCUGGUAAUCUCUCUCGCUCACUGGCAUGAAUACAUAUUUUUCUGGUUUUACUUACUUAGGAUUGAAAAGCAUAAUUAUCUACUGGAUUAUUGUUGGUAGCAGGUAAAAAGACUUGUCUAAAACUCGGCACAAACCUGAAGAUGGUUGAUAUGCUUUCUUUGUUAGAUGAUAAACAACACAUUUCCAAGUCAUGUAGACAAACCACAACACACAUGACAUGAAGCAAGAAAAAAUGAAAACAAUAACCAAAAAUAUAUUUGCAAUUCAGCAUGAGAGUUGAACAUGUAAUGUCAAUUGAGCUCUCAAUAGAAUAGUCAUUAGUCAUACAGGGAAAAAUGAUAUACAUAAACUGUUCAUCUUUACACAAGUCAUCUAUUUUUUUAUGAGAACAUUGUCGAUAUUGUUUUGUAAGUUAUACAAGUUCUAUUUCACUUAUUUUCACUUGCGACAAGUAUUUGAAAGGUUCUUAUUUUUUCAUGUUUGAAUUUGUUACAAAUACUUUAAAAUGAUCA